AUGUCAUUUCGCAGUAUAAACAUCGUGGGGGUGCCUGUAUCUCCAAUUGUCUCACCCAUGAUGAUGCCCCUAGAUGAUCAGAAACAACUUGUUGCACCGCCUUUGUUGAAGUUAGAUGAUACUAUGUCUGCACCAGUUAUGUAUACUGCAUCGUUGUCAAAUUUGACUAGGCUUUCGCAGAGGAUAAAUGAUAAUAACCAAAAUUGUAAAAUGCAGAGUGCAAGAAAUCAACAAGCAGCACCAGUGGCUAGGUUAAGAUCCACAUCGCCAAUACGGACAUCGAUUAUUAAUCGCAUUCCAAAGAUGUUGAAGAAUGAUUAUAUAAUGAGCCCAACACCUUUAUGGCGAGAUCAAGUAAUGAAGACAAAGAAUUCUAUCCGAGGGAAUGAUACUGGAUCUCCUGUGAUGACUGUUGCUUCGGUUUUGAAAUCGACGAGUAUGGCUUCAAAUUCUAGGGAGCCAAAGGUUCCUCUAGCGGAACCUUCUCCUCCUAUGCUUCAAAAUGUAUCUUCCUCUGCUCCUGCACAUCAAAUUAUUUAUGCACCGAAACGAAGGAGUUCCAAAACAUCUAAAGCACACUUGCGAGAGCUGUCUGUUGUUAGUUGUUUGAGCGGCAAGACGGUUUGUGAGGGGGACAGUACACCUCUGAAUGCACAUAUACCACAAUCAGUACCGGGACAUUCAUAUAGGUUUCCUUCCGUAUCGUCAGUAUCAUCUACAUCAACAAACAAUCUGAUAUUUUCUCCCGAUGAAAGUGGAUUCAUGUUAUCUGGUAAUGGAAAUAGGGACAGUAUGGCGUCUGGAACAGUUGAUGACAGCCUUUGGAUGGAAUACCAAGACGAAUUACACCACAACCGCCGCAUGUCCACAGACUUGGAAAUGAGAAACGAAAAUACAAAGGCAAACAUUGAAGCAGAAAAGGUGGAACUGCGUAUUAAGUGGUUGGAACUGCAAAUUGCGGAAUUAAAAUUACAAAACGACAAAUUAAAACAUACGAUGGAACAUUCUGCAAUUCAAGACAAGCUACUAUUGGAUGCUCUACAUGACGCUCGCCAGGUGCACUUCGGAGAUAUGAAUGACACUACGGAAAAGAAGUUGAAAGUCCUGGAAAAGAAAGUCCUGGACUAUAGGCGCACAAUCCAUAAACUAACCACUGCAAACGGCAAUGCGUUCCCAAGACGCAAAGUUGCCUUACUAGAUGACGAACAGCUCAAUGCUAUUGCCGAUGAUCAAAUAACAAAACCCACUCAUCUAGCGGGUAAUGAAAUUAACGACCACAUUAAUGACUCUAUCCAGACUUAUAACAAUUCCAAAUCUCGAAUCGAUGAUGACGAAGAAACUUCAGAAACAGUAAUACCACGAGGGAGAACAAAAAAGUCUCGAUUACGAAGCCGAGGUUUGAAGUUAAAUUUAUCUUUUAACGUUGGAUCAUCAUAA